CUAAGCAACUACGCAUUUCCAUCAGUCAUGGCAGAUUGCCAAAAGGAAGCUUGCAAUUUGCAAAAUUGCAUACAAAGACAUCAGUAUAAUCAAUCUAAAUGUGAAGAAUACGUUGAUUCUUUACUAAAAUGCUGCAACUCAUGGUACUCACAGAAGGGAAGUGAAAAUAAAGAACCACCUCAUUCAUGUCCUCAAUAUUCAAUUCUUUUACGCCAAAUGAAGGACCGACAUCUUCUAUGAAUUCACCGCUGAUUUGUUAAAAACCCACUUUACGUUACUACAUAUAAUAUUCGACAUACACAAAACAGUCAUUGAAAAUAUUUAUUGUAGAUAUCUAAAAAAUAAAACAAAGAGAAUUAAAGAUGUAAUAAAAU